AUCACGUGAUCUACCACAGCACUGGUUCCUCAUGACUUGAGAACGUACUUUGUUUCUACAAUAAGGCUUGGAAUUAGUACUCAUGGCAACAGAGGGUGUGGAAAAGACGAGUGAAGAUGUUCCAGCAGCUGGGAAGGUCAGCACCAGGUUCGACCUGGAGAAGGAGACUGAACUUCGGUUUGAGGUGGAGGCAGGAGAGGCAGCAGAGCAAGUUGAGCUGGAGCUCCUCACAGGAAUGGCUGAGGUGUUUGGCUCAGAGCUGAACCGCAACAAGAAGUACACAUUUGGAGCAGGCUCUAAAAUUGCAGUUUUCACCUGGCAAGGUUGCAGUGUGAAUCUUUAUGGGAAACCAGAGGUGGCUUAUGUGUCCAAGGACACUCCCAUGCUGCUCUACCUGAACACACACGCUGCCCUGGAACAGAUGAGAAAACAAGCAGAGCGGGACAAUGAGAGGGGGCCAAGGGUGAUGGUGGUGGGACCUACAGAUGUGGGGAAGUCCACAGUGUGCCGGCUUCUAUUAAGCUAUGCUGUAAGGGUGGGCAGGAGGCCAACACUGGUGGAACUGGAUGUUGGACAGAGUGGGGUGUCUGUACCCGGGACAGUGUCUGCACUGUGCAUUGAGCGUCCGGCAGACGUGGAGGAGGGUUUCUCAGUCCAGGCUCCUUUGGUCUAUCACUUUGGCUCUACUACCCCAGGGACCAACAUCAAACUUUACAACAAGCUGACGUCAUGCUUGGCCGAGGUGUUUUCCCAGCGCUGUGAGGUGAACAGGAAGGCCAGCGUGGGAGGCUGUAUCAUCAACACUUGCGGCUGGGUGAAGGGCUCUGGAUAUCAGGCACUGGUCCACUGUGCCUCUGCUUUUCAAGUGGAUGUUGUGCUGGUGCUGGACCAUGAGAGGCUCUACAAUGAACUCAAACGAGACCUCCCUCACUUUGUGCGGGUUGUGCUCCUACCCAAAUCUGGGGGUGUGGUGGAGCGCUCCAAGGAGUGCCGGCGGGAUGCGCGGGAUGAGAAGAUCCGCGAGUAUUUCUACGGCUUCCGUGGGGUGUCCUUCUACCCUUUUUCCUUUGAAGUGCGUUUCUCAGACGUUCGCAUCUAUAAGAUAGGGGCACCAUCCAUCCCAGACUCAUGCCUGCCACUGGGAAUGUCUCAGGAUGACACACAGCUAAAGCUGGUGCCUGUGACACCAGGGAGGGACCUCACGUAUCAUGUGCUGAGUGUGAGCAGUGCUGAGGACGGAGAGGAAGGUGCUAGAAAGGGUAUAGUGGAGAGUCCUGUGUGUGGCUUCAUUGUGGUGACUUAUGUAGACACGCAAACACAGGUGAUGAAAGUGCUGUCCCCAGCGCCCAGACCACUGCCAAGGCACACUCUGCUUAUCAUGGACAUCCGCUUCAUGGACAUGAAAUGAAGUAACACUUCAGGAAAGUCUGACUCGGUCUGAAAGGAAACAGGGCUCACGUUAGGGAGGAGUUCUGCUGAGAAGAUAUUUGUACCAGAGGAGCUGGAAUUUGUUUCCUAGUUGUCUUGUUUGUGCUUUGUACAGACUACAGAGGGCAGAGAGAAAUAUUUACAGAACGAAAUUCGUUGCUCUGUAAAUUACACCCCAUUUUAUAGACAACACUGUACAGAUGUUUGGGCAAUUUGUGGCAAAGGAUUUUUUAUCAGU